AUGGACGUUAUUACUGGUUUUGUAACAGACGUUACCGGUGAAAAAAGAGGACCAUCUAAACAUUACCGACGCUUUGAUGUUUUAACAUCAACAAAUGAACGAAUUUCAGGUUGGGUUUUUUCGACAACGGAAAUUGAUCAGACGUAUGCUGGAGAUGUUCUUUUGAAAUCUGCCAACAAAAAUUCAGCUGUUUGUUUACAUGGUAAAAUUUCAAGUGAUGCAGGAGGUACUCGUACAAUCAAAAUAUCGAUUAAUAACAAAUUUGAUAAAUGUAUAAAUUGGUCACAAGUUCAAAUUGUACGACCUGAUAAUGUUUUAGCAACGGCUCACAUUGAAGAUGUACUUUUAUCAAACACACCAUCUCGUUUAGAAUGUGUUGUAAUUGAUGAAAAUCAAGAAAUAACUUUUUUACAGCACGAUAAACAACGACGAUACAAAGUGUAUAUCAUUGGUGAUGAAAGUGGAACAAGUCCAUUAUUAGUCUAUGACGAAUUGAUUGAUAGCUUAAAGAUUAGCGAGAGUUUUAUUUUUACACAAAUUAAAUCCAAAAAAAUUCAUGGGAAAAUGAUCUUAACUACCAGUACCAAUAGCACGAUUACUCAAUCAACACAUGUGAGUAAAAGCUAUCAGAUGAAUUUCUAG